GUAAAGAUUCCAACAUCUCAUCUCUUGACAAGCAUCUCCACCAUCUUAGAUAUUUUCUACAAAUAUUGUGGCCAAGAUGAGGAAUGUGACACAAUGAGCCAAAGUGAACUGAAGGAAAUUCUGGAAAAUGAGUUGCAAUGUAUUCUGAAGAAUCCUGGAGAUCCUGAUACAGUGGAUGUAAUCAUGCUUAAUCUGGAUUGGGAUCAUAAUAGAAGAAUAGAUUUUACUGAGUUCCUGUUGAUGAUAUUCAAACUGACAAUGGCAUACAACAAAGCUUUCAAGAAAGAGUACUGUCAUGGUCAUCAUGAGGAUCAUCCAGAAAGUGAUGAAGAGGGAGAACAAAAACAGGAGAAAUCAGAAUCUAGAAACUCAAGAAGGGAGAACGAGGAAGAAGAUAGAACAUCCAGAACUGGACAAUCACAAGAAAGACGGAAAUCCGGAGAACAAUACGAAAUGGGCAUUGAGGACACAAAGCAACACAAUAGGAAAAAAUAUAGAUGCAAAAGUAGUAAAGAAAAUGAAUCAAAAAAAGAAAGACAUUCAACAACAUGGCCCAGUCCGGGUUCAGGCUCAGAACCCUGCUCAGGAUCAGGAUCAGCUGCCAGCUCUGGCUCAGAAUCUGACUCAGAAUAUAGUUCAAGUCAAUCUUCAGGCUCUAAGAACCAGGGCUCUAGCUCAGGAAACUCUUCCAGUUCUGGCCAAUAUGGCUCAGGCUCUGGUUGGGGUUCUAGGCAGUCAUCUCAGUCAGGCCAACAUGGCUCAGGAUCAGGUUGGUCAUCUAGCAGCCAGAGGCAUGGAUCUAGUUGUGGUGACAGGUCCAACAGAUGGGGAAGUCAAGGGAACAGUUCCAGUUCCCAGCAAUGCUCCAGCUCUGGAAGACAUAGCUCAGGCUCCGGUUCUGGCUCGGGAUCCUACUCAGGAUCUAGCUCUGGCUCAAAAUCUGGAUCAGAAUCUGGAUCAGGUAAAUCUUCAGGGUCUAAGCACCAGGGCUCUGGCUCAGGUCACUCUUCUAGUUCUGGAAGACAUGGCUCAGGCUCUGGCUCCAGUUCCAGGAAGUCAUCUCAGUCUGGCCAACAUAGCUCAGGCUCAGGUCAGUCAUCUAGCAGCCAGGGCCAUGGAUCUAGUUCAGGUGGCAGGUCCAGCAGUAGGGGAGGACAUGGACACAGUUCCAGUUCCCAGCAAUCCUCCAACUCAGGCAGACAUGGCUUGGGCUCCGUCUCUGGCUCUGGAUCCUGCUCAGGAUCAGGUUCAGGCGCCAGCUCUAACUCAGAAUCUGGCUCAGAAUAUGGUUCAAGUCAAUCUUCAGGCUCUAAGCAACAGGGCUCUAGCUCAGGUCACUCUUCCAGCUCUGGCCAACAUGGCUCGGGCUCCAGCUCUGGCUCUGGAUCCUGGUCAGGAUUAGGGUCAAGCUCCAGCUCUGGCUCAGAAUCCGGCUCAGAAUAUGGUUCAAGUCAAUCCUCAGGCUCUAAGCACCAAGGCUCUGGCUCAGGUCACUCUUCCAGCUCUGGCCAACAUGGCUCAGGCUCUGGCUCUGGUUCCAGGCAAUCAUCUCAGUCUGGCCAACAUGGCUCAGGUUCAGGUCAUUUGUCUGGCAGCUAGAAGCAUGGAUCUAGUUCUGAUGACAGAUCCAGCAGUAUUGGAAGACAAGGGCACAAUUCCAGUUCCCAACAGUCAUCCAGCUCAGGCCAACAUGGCUCAGGCUCCGGCUUUGGCUCGGGAUCCGGCUCAGGAUCUAGCUCUGACUCAGAAUCUGGAUCAGAAUCUGGAUCAUGUAAAUCUUCAGGCUCUAAGCACCAGGGCUCUGGCUCCAGUCGGUCAUCUAACAGCCAGGACCAUGGAUCCAGUUCAGGUGGCAGGUCCAGCAGUAGGGGAAGACAAGGGCACAGUUCCAGUUCCCAACAGUCAUCCAGCUCUGGAAGACAUGGCUCAGGCUCAAGCUCUGGUUUGGGUUCCUGAUCAGGUUCAGGCUCCAGCUCUGGCUCAGAAUCUGGCUCAGAAUCUGGUUCAAGUCAAUCUUCAGGUUCUAAGAACCAGGGUUCUAGCUCUGGUCACUCUUCCAGCUCUGGAAGACACAGCUCAGGCUCUGGCUCUGGUUCCAGGCGGUCAUCUCAGUCUGAUCAACAUGACUCAGGAUCAGGUCGGUCAUCUAGCAGCCAGGGCCAUGGUCUAGUUCAGGUGGCAGGCCUGGCAGUAGGAAGACAAGGGCACAGUUCCAGUUCCAGAAAGUUCUCCAACUCUGGACAUGGCUUGGGCUCCGGCUCUUACUCAGUUUCUGCCUAUGGCUCCAAGCAGUCAUCCAGCUCUGGGAAGUGUGGCUCACAAUCUCACUUUCUCUGGUCGAGAGGGGUCUGUGUCAGGUCAGUCAUCUAA